UUCUACAUUGGGAGGCUGCUGAAAAGUUUUCUGGUGCCUGUUUCCUGGCAAGUCUAAGUUUUGACCCUAUUCUACCUGAGAGUACCGUGAUCAAGGACAGAAAGUUAUACAAAUGGUGGAGCAUGCAAAGCUAUGCCCGAUAUUCACAAGUUGGUCAUAUCCUACACAACUUGGCAAAUGGAAAUACCCUAGACUGGAGCAAAAGUAUUGAGGCAGAAAUAUUAACAGUGGAAGGGCACAAAACUGUCUGCCAAAUUCUCUAUGAUGAACAUUAUGAUAAAAUCAUUCUUAAAGAUUCGUACCUUUGCAAUGCCAGUGAAAGAUUUAGAAGCACUAGUUUCUCACAGCUAAUCACCGAAAAUCUGCUUCCGAAGGCUGAUGAAGUAUCGUUUGAAGUACACAUAAAAGAUCUUUCAAGUCUUGUUUGGUUGUGUCUUCAGUACUACACAACAGACAUGCAUAUGCAACCUUAUUAUCCAUUUUUUCAUAUUGAGAAUUUACGAUUUGGUGUGUCAAACAUUAAAACAAGUGUAAUGAGCUCUCUCUGUCAAACAGAUAUGUUGGUAUUUCUUAUGGCUACCAUUCAAUGCACAGCCAGUAGAAUCAAACUUACAGACUAUCCAAAUGAAGAAACAAGAAUUAUGCAGAGUUUUCUUUUUCCUGUUUGUCUAAAACAACAAUUGUGUACAGAUGACCAGGCUAAAUGGUGGUCAGCAGCUUAUCAAUUCUUCACUAAAUCAUUCAAUCCUAAGGAAAUGAGAUUCAGACACAGACUCAUUCAAGGCAUGGAGACUGUAAGGCUUGUAGGUACUCAUGGAAUGUCUUUGCAGCUUUUGGUGCACAUUGCCAAAUCUCUAGAUGAAAAGUUGAAAGUGUUACGCCAGGCUAAAACAAGUGCUGACUCCUCCUCUAGUGAGAUCAUAGCUCUAGAAAACAGAGCUGCUGUUUUCUGGAACCAUGCCAAAUCUUCUAUUGAAGAAAUCCAAAAAAAAAACAAUUACCAGCUUCAAUCAGCCAGGAUUUUUCAAGAGCCAAGAGAUAAUGUGAUCUCCCAAGAAAGUAUUAGCCAUAUCAGAUCUGAAGUUAUUUUUGCUACGUCGCUGAUAGCAAUGAGAAAAUCAGAAUACAGUAAAGCUGUCGAUGGUUUUAGGCAACUAAGUACUCCUGAGGCUAAACUAUUUCAGGCAAAGGCGCUAAGGAAAUGGUCAAAGAAAAACAUUGCUGAUAAAAAUCAUAACGAAGGAAAUAAUUUGCUUCAGGAAGCUAGAGAAACUUUGUAUGAACUCUUGGAAUCUAUAACUACAAACCCCGAAGCUAAGGAGUUUACAGAGCCUGCUAACAAAGAAUUGGACAAAAUUGAUCAGUUGAUGCACCAUUUGUUUAAAGACCCCAGUGAGACACACCCUUUCAGAAUUUAUUCAAAUUUAUCUAGUGUGGGCCCAGAAUCCAGCAAGUUAGAAACUGGUGGCUUUAGAAUAAACACUCAGCCCUUUGCCAGCACUUCCUUGAAAAGCAAUCAGCCAACACAUGAAAGCUCUAAAAUGGACCAAGAAACUCAGUGUUACACUAUCAUUCAGCAGCAUCCACCUCAUAGUCUGCCAUCGCAAAUUAACAUGCUCAAUCAGAAUUGUCAAAAGUUGAGAAAAGAAUUUGAAAAAAAUGUGGAUGAGAAUAAAAAGAAUGAAGAAUUUCUGGUUGAAUUUAUCACUGGACAGUGUGAUACUGUAGGCCUAUUUGAAGACACCAGGCAAAAAGUCGAGCAGUUCCGCCAGAAUAAUGAAGAGUUAAAAGUUUUGGUCGAACAGAGCAAAAACACUACAUGUGCUUUAAUGGAUUCCAUGAAGGAAGAGACAACAGUUUUAAAAGAGUUAAAGUCACAGGUGAAAGAUAUGAUAUUUAAAGUUUCAUCCCCACCUCCGCCAACCGAUGACACAGCUCCAAAGUUUAAGGAGGAAGAAACUUCUAAAGGACCAGAACCUGGCCAGAACAGAGAAAAAAGCCAACAUAGAAACAAUACACAGACUUCCACAACUAACUCUGAUCAUCAAAACGAGACCAAGCCUCACAGGCCUUUUCCAGAUCUAUCAAGUGUGGAAACAGCAACUAAAUCUGUAGAAACUGAUAGCCUUAGAAGAAACCCCAAACCAUCUUUCACUACUACUUCAUCACAGAUGGGAGAUGUGAAAGUUGAAGCUGCACCUCCUCCUGUUGUCGUUGAUGCUAAAGUUCCAAAGCUUGAAAACACAGCACCUAACCAGAACAAUGCAGAAAGCAGGCCAAUAUACCUCACACAAAUUUUCACCAAAUCUAGUACUUUAAAUUACCUAUUGUAUUUUGGUGUAACUAUUUUGAUAUUAUUUUUGUAUCCUUGCUUUUUGUAUUAUUUUACGGAGUAAAAGUUACCACUAUAAUUCAAGUGUUAGUUAAAAUAAAUUGCAGAGAACAAAUUAUGGAUG